AUGUGUAAUGUGUGCAUUCACAUAUCACGAUGCUAUGCUGUAGCUUCUCAGUUCAAAGGUUGUCGUGAGAGAAUCCAGGAGGAACCAACCAUUAUCCGAGACUUGUGUAGAAUACUCUACUAUAAGAACUUGACGAAACUAUGUACAGUGGUAGCAGACUGUAUUAGUGCUUUCUGUGUGGACUUUUACCUUCAGUCACAACUGUUCCAGAGUGGUGUUCUCUGGCAUUUGUUACUGUAUUUAUUUAAUUAUGAUUACACCCUGGAAGAAUCAGGGGUUGAGAAAAGUGAUGAAUCAAAUAAACAGGAAAUAUCAAAUCAGUUAGCCAAAUUGUGUAUAAAAGCGUGCGCCAGGCUUGGUGGAUAUUACAUUCAACAGGAGGAAGCAGAAAGCCCACCAGAUAAUCCGGCGGUGAAGAAAUCACUGUCGGCCAUGUUGACACCUUACAUGUCACGGAAAUUAGCCAAUGAGAAUUCUGCAGAAUUGUUAAAGAUUCUAAACAGUAACACUGAGAACCCGUACCUGAUCUGGGACAAUGCCACCAGAGGGCAGCUUACAGAAUUUCUCGCAGAUCAACAACAGAAAAUGAUAAAAACUGGUGAAUGUGACCAAGAUUUUGGUGGUAUGUUUGUGUUUGAGAUACAUGCCAAGGAGCUGAUAGUUGGAGAAAUAUUUGUCCGAGUCUACAAUGAACAACCUACAUUCCCAUUAGAGAAUGCAAAAGGAUUUACUAUUGAUCUCUUAGACUUUCUAGGAUCUCAAGCCCAGUAUCUGCAUUCCUUAUUGAUGUUAAAACAGUCUAACCAGAAAUCGUCAGAAGAACAGGGUUCUAGUCAGAUCAGUAGAUUAUCCCAGGUGGAGAUGGCAUUAGAAGCUUUAAGAAAUGUCAUUAAAAAUAAUCCAGGUGUAGAGAUACAAUGUAUAGGCCACUUCAAGCUGUUGUUUUGUCUUCUAAGGUUAGAUAACUGUGCCAAACUUCAACAACUUGCUCUAGAGGUUGUAAAUUGUGUAUCAGCUAAUCAGGAAUGUGUUAAGGACAUUGCUGCAGCUGAAGUCCUAAGUUACCUGUUACUCGCCAUACAAGCUCUUCCAAGUUGCCGUGUUCUUACCUUAGAAAGUUUGGCCUCCCUCAUGUCCAGCACCAAAAUUGUGAAGGAAGCAUUAGCUAAAGGGGCCACAGUCUAUUUGCUGGACUUGUUCUGUAAUGCCACAAAUCCUGCCGUCAGAGAAAAAACUGCCGAACUGUUUGCCAAAAUGUUAUCAGAUAAACUAGUGGGUCCGAAAGUGAGAAUUAUUCUUGGGAAAUUCCUGCCAGGAAUAUUUAUGGAUGCCAUGAGAGAUUCCCCGGAAGCAAGUGUUCAUAUGUUCGAAGGUACACAUGAAAAUCCUGAGUUGAUAUGGAAUGAUGAGUCUAGGGAGAAAGUAUCGAGUGAAGUCAAGAAAAUGAAGGAUCAACAUUAUAGAGCACAAAGAGAUAACCCUGAUAUCAAAUGGAAUCUUUCGGAAGAGUUUAACGUCGUUUACAAUGAAGUUGCUGGCGAGCUUGUAGUUGGUGGUGUAUUCUUGCGACUCUUUAUCGCCAAUCCAGGCUGGGUGCUACGAAAGCCAAAGGAAUUCCUCACAGAAUUGUUAGAAAUUUGGUCAAAAUUGGUAGCUCUUGAUAAACCAGAUGGAGAAAAAUUGGAGACGUUAACAAGCGCAGUUGUUUGUCUGUUUUCAAGUAACAAUAGUUUACUUGACCAAGUUCCGUCCCUUGGAUAUAUCCCCAAAGUGUUUGCAGCAAUGAAGCAGAAAAACGAUGCAAUACCAAAAAGUGCAAUACAAGUGUGUCAUCAGUUAGCAUCUAAUGAGAUUUGUAUACGAGCAAUGGCCCAGGUUGAAUCUAUAGGACCAAUCAAAAUAGCAAUGAAAAUACGCAGAGAUGCAAUAGCCCUUGCUGCCGAGGCUCUCAGUAAAAUGUUCGACAAAGGGGAGGAGGAGUUAGUUGCUCAGGCUUUAAAAACAGAAAUGGUGCAAUAUUUACUCAGACUUUUAGAAGCCGGUCUCGAAUCACUUGAUAAUCCAGCGUCCACAAAAGCUCAGAUUGUCAAAGCUCUGAAAGCUAUGCAGAGAAGUCUCCAGUAUGCAGAACAGAUCAACACAAUUCUGGAUGGUUCGCUUACAUGGCGCGACUACAAGGAUCAGAAACAUGACCUGUUUAUAUCAGACAACCAAAUUGCCGGCUAUCUCACAGACAAGGCACAUCAAGGUCCCACAGGACCGUCUGUAGCUGGAUAUCUAACAGCUGGUACCCGUUCUGCCAUGCCAGAUAAACCACCUCCUCUUGAUCACCACGAGGACCAUCAUUGAUGAUGUCAUCAGUGAUGUCAUAAUAGAACGAAAACAUGUCUCCAGAAUGAUGUCAUCAUAACGGAAAAUAAUACCAGAAAAACAUUUAUUCAAGAGAUGUUAGAAAAUAUCAAGAAAGCUUUUAUUACAUGUUAUAAUAAUAAACAAAAUCUUACUUUGUUUGAGUACAAUGAGAAUAUACAUUUAUUUUACGAUAAGUAAAGUAACUAUUUUAAGACUAAUUGAGUAUUAUAUAU